AUGACACAACCAAAAGUGAGAUCCCCUAGUGUUGACAGUGAAGCAGUUCACCACCAUCGCAGAAGGCAAAAGUGGCGGCGGUCACAGCACCAGCAACCACGGCAGUCACCAUCAUCAUCACCACUUUCUGGCACCGGAAACGGCAAUAUCUCUUCCUGUUCACCGCAACUUUCAUCAUCAUUAGAAACGCCCACCACUGCAAAAAACUCCCAACACGACCUCUGUGAACGGCAGCAGCAGCAGCAGCAGUCAACGAGCAGCAGUCAUCGAGUACCGUCAUUUGCGUUGGGCGCCCUGGGCGCUCUGGCCACCGCCGCCGCCGCCGGUGCUCUGUUUACCUCUGCCGUUGCUGAGGCUGCAGUGGCGGUCACAACAGCGACCAACUCUGAUGAUGAUAAUGAACUUAUCAAAAACAGUCCACAGCAACAACAACAACAGCAGCAUCUGCUGGAGCACUACGCCAGCUCGACGGCCACGGGCAGCCACCACCUGAUGCACCAGCGGCACCACGACAGUGAACAGCAGCAGCAAACAGGAGUUUCUGGAGUUUCCGGAGUUCUCACCAGCACCGUCCGGCGCAUCUCGCUGAACAUUCUCAACUCAUCGACGGCCGCUCUGGCCGAUCACAACAGCAGCGGCGGCGGCGGCGGCGGCAGCUUCCGCUCCGCUUCGGCAGCAGGGUCCUACCAGUUUGGGGGUGAUGGUGAUGGUGGUCACCAUGAUCACCACCACCACUCUUCAGCAGUUGCUUCGAACAGCAGUCCACAGCAAUCCACCUCAGGGGCGACGGUGACGCCGCCGCUCACCACCACCUACUCAUAUCUGGCGGAUCUCUUUCCUCGUCUGCUCAGCAGCAGCAGCAGCAGCUCAAAAAGUAGCGGCGAAGAUAAUGUGAGCGGCAGUGGCAGUGGUAACGGCCUGGGCCUGGGCCUGGGCGACUACAUCNGCAGCAGCUCAAAAAGUAGCGGCGAAGAUAAUGUGAGCGGCAGUGGCAGUGGUAACGGCCUGGGCCUGGGCCUGGGCGACUACAUCAUCGACGACUACGACACGCUGGACAGCACUUCCGGCGGAGGUGAAGGUCUGCUGGGAAGCUCGGGGACGACCGUUUCAUCGCUGGUGGCCGCAGUUUCCGGUGGCGGUGGCGGUGGCG